AUGGCACAAACCCAAGACACGCCAAUUGCACUGGUCUGGGGAUGUAUUGAGAUUAUAUUGCGGACAGCGGUGCGGUUCGUUUCAACAUUUGAGACGAUCACCACCAUGCUGGAAACCCUUAGUUCGACCGUGACCAAAAUGAACCGUUACCUGAGGUUACUCCCCCAAAGCGAGUCGUUGAAGAACCAUGUUCGAUCUGUUUUGGAUGAGUUUGUCAGCUUCUGCAUCACGGCUAUUGAUUUCUAUGAGAAACUGAGAUGGUACACUCCUAUCAAAUUCAUCUGGAAGCCACUUCACGAGCACUUCAAGCAGGCAUCGACCAGGAUCACAGUCUGCGUCAAUAGUUUUGACCAAGAGGCUAGCAUUGCAGUUGACGAAGUCACGGUAAAUGGUAUCCAGAGUAUCGAGCGCCGACUACACGACUCGGCAGUCCCUCCUGUGGCCACCAAGGCGGUCUUUCAAGUGGACUUUGCAAGAAACGGUUUCUUCACGGGACGCAAGACUGAGCUUAGCAGAGUUCACGACAUGUUCAUAUCAGCACGUCAUGCGGGUUGCCAAAGGGCCUGUACAGUUCACAGCAUGGCCGGAGUAGGCAAAACUCAAUUCGCACUGGAAUACGCUUAUCUCUUUAGGAAAGGAUUUGACUUCGUGUUUUGGCUACCAGCUCAGCAUGGGCCAACUCUCGCUCAGAGAUUUGCAGACAUAGCUAAGGUCACUACUGCUCAGAAAGGCCAUCAGCCAUCCUUUUUACAGCAACUUGAAAUGAAUGCUUCUAUCCAGCAGUCCAAAGACUGGCUUGAGAAAUGCGAAGGGGAAUGGCUGCUGCUGUACGACAACGUGGAAGAUUGGGAAACCAUUAAGCCCUACUGGCCAGCUGGCCAGAAGGGAUCGAUCCUGAUCACUACCCAGAACUUAGAGCUUGUUCAGAUCUCUGAAGGCUACGAGAUUAGCCUCACUCCUCUUCCGACCGACGAAGGAGCCUCGCUGCUGCUCAAACACCUUCGGAAGAUGGACAAUGCAACCAAAGGCGAAGACUUUGAGACUGCAAAAGAAAUAUCCCGCAUUCUUGGAGGACUUCCGGUUGCAAUUUCCCACAACGCAGGCUAUAUUGAAAAGUCUCAGAGAACCCUGCGCGAGUUCGUCGACAAAUAUGCCACCAUGGAGGAGUCCCGCCACAUAUGGUCCCAGGACUGCAGAAGCUGGACCAAUCAAUACGAGCGGACCUUGGAGACGACCUGGGAUCUUGCCUUGAGCGAACUGAAUUGCGAGAUACGCGACUUGACAAAUGUCUUGGCAAUGCUGGACCCAGACAGCAUUUCGGAAGACAUGCUAUUCAGUGGUUGGGAUGCCAAAAAUGCUUCGCCUGAAGAUUCGAUUAUCGCCUUGGGCAAAAGAUGUCUCGUACGAAGACAAGAUAUCGCGGGUCGCAUAGUCUGGACCAUUCAUCGCGCCCUGCAGCGAAGUCUGCUGCAUCGCCUAGACGAAGACCAUGGAGCUAGACAGAAAGUCUUUGAAGCCACUUUCAAGAUUGUUCGACGGGCCUUUCCAAGGAAUUCGAGCAUUCAAGCACCAUCCAACGAGAACUGGCACGCAUACGCUGCCAAUCUGAGCCAUGUUUUGCAUCUGCAGGACGUAUACAGAAGCAGCCGAGAUCACAUCCGAGUCCCACGCGAGUUUCCGGGUCUCUUGAUGGAUGUCGGCAAUUAUCUAUGGGAACGUGGCUUUUACCUCCAGGGGAUUGAGUCCCUUAGACUUGCCAUUCAAGUUCAAGAAGAGUCGCCAGGCCAGGACCUCAUGGAGCAAUCCAAGAUUUGCACUCUCCUUGCCGCUCUCCUCCAUGAGCUCGAUGCUAGUGGACGGGAAGAGUCGGAGGAGUUAUUUGUUCGUUCGUUAAAACAAAGAAAGCAGUGCAUCAACGACUGGACUCGAAGGGGGCUGGCAAUAGCUGACGACGACCUUAUCCUAUGGGCCAACGCGUGGAAUGAUAUUGCCUGUGUCAUGCUCAGGGAAGGAUGCUACGAUCAGGUCGACAUCGUCUUAUUUAGGUCAAUCGAGCUUAAACAGAAACAGGGCAUUCCCGAGGACAAGUCGGCAGCUUUCAACUACGCUGUAAACUACUUAAAUCUCGGGUAUCUCAGAACAGCGCAAGGUCGGCAUACCGAGGCCAUCAUCCUCUCUGAAAGAGCGGAAAGCAUGAUGGUAGCUGCCAUGGGCGCGAGGAGUCCAGCAGCCCAGCUUUUCGCCCAGACCCACGCAUGGGCCCUGUAUUCUGCAGGUCGACUACACGAAGCACUGAUCAAACAUGAAAGGGUACGACAAGCGAGGAUCAAGAUCUUUGGCAAAAUGAAUGCUCAUACACUGAAAAGCUACUACGCUUGCGGCGUUGUACAUCACUGUUUGGGCCAGCUCGAUGAGGCAGAACUGAUGCUCUCCCACUGUUUGACAGUUCCUAUCAGUGGCGAUUGGAGUUUGAACUGCGUGCCCCGUGUCAAGUUCCGUUUGGCCAUGGUCAUGGAGGACAAUGGCAAGAGCUAUUCCGAAUCGCAAAGCCUCAAGGCCGACGCCCGACGGAUACAUGAGGACCUUAGCCAGGAUCCUCUGCCAUUCGAAAUUACGGACGGGGAGGACCCCGACGAAAUGGUCAUAUAUGAUCACAUGGUGCCCUGCGAAGGGGGUAGAAGCACGAUUGGCCGCCUUCACACCGAACUCGCCAGCCUGCCUCUGAUUGCGGAGGUACUUAAACUAAUAUUCGGCGGCUGUGUUACCCCAAUAUGCACAUAA